AUGCACAUUUUCUGUCUCAAUUGCAAAAGUCAAUGUGAGUUUCUGGAAUUUUUAAGAAAAAGUAUAAAUAAUGAAUACUUUUAGGCAUUGAACCAGACGCGCGAAAUGUGUCAAAAUGCUUGGUUUGUCAGAAAGUAUCAGCCAAGUUUAUGAAAUUGGAUCAAAAUAUGCCGCCCGAUAUCAAAGCCUAUUUUGAUCCAAUAACAAAUGGUUAUAAAAAGAUGCGUGAGCGUUGCACGCAAAUUUUAACUUUUCAACGGAACCAACGCUCGAAUUACACAAAAGGAUUGCGGAAAAAAGAGGAGUUUUACAUUGCUCUUCAGACACAAUUUAAUGAGGAGCGCAAGAAAAAAGAGACCUAUAAGCAGUGAGUUUCAUAGAUAUUUGUUAUUCAAAGUGAUAAAAAUCUACGAUGUUUUUAUAGGGCGCUGAUCUCUUGUCAACAAAAACUCAAGGAAAAAACAAUUGAGCUCGAAUCGUUCAGCUCAACUCGAACUCUACCCGAAAGUCCACUUUUCACUACGCGACGAAAUUCGGAUUUGUACAGAACACCGUGCGCCGCCAAUUCAAACAGUGAUCCGUUCAGCACACCGAAACAACCGGCAUAUGAAAGAACGAAAAGCUCGUUGAAUUCGACGAGUUCGGCGUCGUUUAUUGAUGAAAUGAUUGGAGCGGCGAGAACUGGGAGAAUUAUUAGGAAAAAAUAG